AUGACUGAGAGCCAAGAUGAGAGUGACGAUGACAUCUCCAUCAGCUCGACAGUGGCCAGCCCGCAGGCCUCCGAGUAUGAGGUGGAGGCUAUUCUAGCCGAGUGCAGAUUCCCAGAUUCGAUGAGGUAUCUGGUCAAAUGGGCCAAUUACCCGGAAUGCCGAAGCUCAUGGGAGCCCGUGGAAGCCUUCUCUACGGAUGAGACCCUUGACGACUGGGACAGGACCAAAAGAGAGAUUGCAGCAGGAACGCGUGAGGCGUUUGACGUAGCCAAAUGGGAGCAAAUGAUGUUGAAAGUCGAGGAGGAAAGGCAGGAGAGGCAGCGCAGAAGAAAAGCCAAAAGGAGAAGACUCGGCUUAUUGGCCGACAACGAUACGUCUCAGGCCAUGAACGAUAAAAGCAAAACUCAAAGUUCUUCCGGCAGCUCCCGCCGCAUUAUACCGAAGCCGCCCCUGGUUAUGUUUGGAAGUGGCCAGAAGCCGGGGCCAGCUGGACCGCGCGCUACAAAGACGGCCCAAGAGACGGACCCGAAGUGGUUCUCGCACCUGUCCACCAGGUGGAAACAUGAGAAAGCCAAAUUUAGGGAGCCGCCUCCCGAUAUCACUCAACUGGAGCUUGUUCGUCCAUCGGAGUGGCCAUCCAGAACUGCUCUACCCGUUCCAAAACCUUCUGUUUCUCACACGGAAACCGAUACCUCUAAUGACGCUGCUCGCAUAACUGCCAAUGCUAACUCCAGUCCGGCUAUGAUCCCAAUGUCACCUCGUAGAGACCGCAGCCAGCCCAGUCGUCUCAAUGAAUCGGGUGGAGAUGUCAUUCCCAACCUACCUCGGAGGCAGCCGGGGCCUCGUGCCAAACUCAUAGCCGGCCGUUUCUGUAAUCCAUUCGAGGUGCUAGUCAACAUGUAUUAUGGGCCAGACAAAAAGGCCAUUGGGCUUGCUAGAUUAUGCGGAGUUAACUCCCUUUCUGCCAAGAAUCUGAUCCACACCAAGGACGGGCCCUAUAUCGAGGUCUGGUUCCAGCAUCUUUGCACUCUGGAAGAUUACCGGGUCCUCUGCCACAACGCGGCCCAAAAUCGCACCUUUUGUACUGGGUGGAUCGAGGGGUUCAAUGACACAGAGCCCAACGUUUACCGUAUGGCACAAGAACUUGACCGAGGCAGUCUUAUGGCAAUCUUCCCGGGCUACGAGACAAGCAACGUGUUAAUCGCUUUCCCAUCCAAUUCACCAAAAUUCCAGUCACUCGGCUACAUUCCCAGAGCGCAUCCAGAUAUUUUCCUCAAGAUCAUUGUGCGGACUCCCUUGGAGUCUCUUGCAUCUAUUGAGAGACUUCACUCUCGGAUAGGAGCCAACGACUGGAGAUCAGACUUUCACGGUCCAAACUCUCACGGUCCAGACACCCCCGUGAAGGAUUCCCCUCGCUGCAAAGUCCUGGAGGAUGAACCCGAUGCGAUAGAGGGCAAGACCGACUCCUCACCUAUGCCAUUAUCACCAAUCAGGCAAGAGCCAGAAUCGAAACAAGAUCCCUCUCUCGAUAGAGCUGAUGCCAUCAAGCGAGAGACUUCAAACAAACCCUUGGAGCUAGUCUCGACCGAAGCAACAGGUCAAAUCCCGACCGAAGCAGUAGAUUCAGCUGAAGAUCGUCAAGCACCAGGCGAACCGAUGGACAUCGAUCAGCAGCAGAGCUCCGCUCCAGCGGCAGGUGAGCAGCAAUUAAUAUCGGCCCUAGCUACAGCCGAUCUCAAUGCCGUCUUUAAAAAUUCGUUUGGGGCAUCAUAUGAGGCGCUGGUGAAAGUCAAUUCCGCAGAAAAGGUACAAAUGGCAGAAGCAUUCUAUCUCAUGUUCGGUUCUGAGACCCUUCAACAAGAAUUCCUGACCCUCCAAGCAUGGCUCAAUCUCCACAAUCCCGUUAUAUACUCUUCUCACCAGGAAGGCGACUGGGAGAAAUUCGCACGGACCGUCGGCGUAGGGGUUGUUUUGUUCCAUGAGAGUUUUGUUGACUUUCACACCUUACCAUUCUUCAAGAAUCUCAUCAGCAAGCCAUUCAACUUCUGGAGCGUUUCUUUAAAUAAACAACUCGAAUAUGCCGAGCGCCCGUCGCACUUCCAGCGCAUUUUCCCACAUGGCGGGGUUAUUCUGAUAACAGAAGAUUUCAUGCUUGGGGAGCCAGAUGGAACCAUAAUCAUCCUGGCGUGGUUCAAUGACUGGAUAAAGAAGAAGUUCCCCGGCAAUUGGAAGAUCAUGUUCCGCCCCGCAGUUAUGGAUUGGCUCUUGAAGCAACCAGAACCGGCGGACGAGUCAAAGCAUGGAAUAUGGCUCACAAUGUACCGUCUCAUCUUGCAAUCCUGCACUCCGUCCGCCUACGAUACUACAUCCGGUGAGGUCUUGACCGGUGCCACCGAUGAUUACUUUGAAAGCAACGCCAUAUCCCCUCCCAAUAUCCCUGACUACGGCUCCCGCACCGAAAAAGACAACCCCGAUAUCCCCAAAGGACUGACCCAAGACCAGCGCAACACAGAUCACCUGGUCGAAUUCUUCGCCGGCUGGGGCUUGGUCAACCGCCACCGGUACCGACGGUUCAUCGUUCUGACGCGAAUGAAGCCCCUUCCCAGAUGGGAGUCAUGGCAACAUAUCGAAAUCAAAUACGGCGCCAAGGAUUUCAUGAAGACCUUCAGGGUGGAUUACAGACACUACUGGUCCAAACUGAACUCCUCCUCUAUCAAACCAAGCACCACCGGAGAAUCUAAAGCCCAACCCGCCCCUUUCACCCCUCAUACACCCCGGGCUCAUGCCCCUGCCCCUGUUGCGUCUGGCCUCGGUAAUGAAACGGACGGGACGAGGUAUGCUCGAUUGCCUGGUUCCAAACUGCCCUCGUAUCCGGAACCGUAUCGUUGA